CAUUAUUUGGCUUCUUCAACUAGACGUUCAAUAUAAUUAAUCACAAUUUUUAACAUUCUAGAUCCCUAAUUCUACUCAAACGAAUUUCACUAUUUACAGUAAACACCGCCGGAUUCCACCGUGCCCCGCCCCAGUCGUUGCUCGCCACCGCUCCUUCACUGCUUGCAGCCGCUGCUCGUUCGGCGCCACCACCUCCUUCUGUCCUUGGUCUGUCGUCAGUAUCCCUGCUAGGGCAGUUUGGUCGAAGCAGAAACAUGUCGGAUGAUCUCUUAUCGCUGAUACACAUGCUGGACAAGUAUAAACUACGAAAAUUCUUUGCAAAAAAGGAUAUAGAAAGGGUAACUACAGAGAUUAGAGAGAUUUUGGAUAUUGUGAGGGAUAAGAAAUUGGAAGAUGAGAGAAGACUAAAUUUUUGGGUAUCUGACCUCGUCGACGUGGUUGAGGAUGCCUGCGACAGUAUUUGGCACGAAGACGAUAUCUAUGAUAGCGGUUUAUGUGAGUCCAUCUUUAGUUGGAUGGGAGAGAUAAAAAAGCAGAUGCUUAAACUGGGAGAUGAUGAGUCCAACAUGAGAUCAUCACAAAAUGUUGAAGAUGAUGUAGAUGUGGUGGGCUUGGAGGAAGAUGUGGAAUUUCUGAUUCACAAAAGGAUUGUUGAUGGCAGAGAAUACCUGAAGACUGUUGUUAUUAAAGGGAUGUGUGGUAUUGGAAAGACAACUCUUGCGAGAGAGAUAUACAACCAUCCUACCGUCGUUGAUCACUUCGACCGUCGUGCUUGGGUAUCCAAUUCUACUCACUUCACUAUGAAAGAGCUACUUAUCAAACUCAUACAACAAGUAGCAGUAGAAGAUCCUGAUACAUCUUCCUCAUUGGAGAAUAUGGACAGCCAAAGCCUCCGAGAUAUGCUUUACCUACACCUGCAAGAUAAGCGAUAUCUUAUAGUUCUCGAUGACAUGCCCAAACACAUGCCCUUGAAGUCUUUCUUCAAAGAUCUUCCAAAUCAAGACACUGGAAGUAAAUUGCUGCUCACAAGUCACACGACACAUGUCAACAUAGAUAAAGAUUAUUUGGAUGUUCAUGAGAUGAAACCUUUGGAUUCUACGAAGAGCUGGCAAUUGUUUCUGAAAACAAUAAAACACGGCAAUAAAUUAACGGGUGAGCACAUUUUCCCAAAGUCCUUGGAGCAUAUGGGAAAACAAAUGUUGAGAAAAUGUGGCGGUCUGCCAUUAGCUAUAAAAGAGGUGGGAAAGCAGUUAGCAGAAAAGAAAGUCUCAGGGGAGAGUGAAUGGGAACAACUUCUUGAAUCAGUUGAUUUUGGUUCAACAUUGAAGUUGUUGGAGCCAUUUUAUCAUAAAUUGGAUCCUAAACUAGAUUCAUGUUUCUUGUCUAUGGCCUUCUUUAAGGAAAAUACAACUUUGAGGGAAGAAAAGUUGAAACACAUUUGGAUUGCAGGAGGAAUAGAAGAUCGCGAACAUCUAUGUGAAUCAUAUUUAGAUGAUUUAGUCAAUGAAUCUUUUAUUGAUGUCCAGGACAAGAGCACGGAGUAUCACAUGAAUGUUGUGCUACACAUGCUAUCCAUCCAAAAAGCAGAGGAGAAAUUCGAUUUUGAGAUCCUAAGGAACAAUGGAAAUAAUCGGCCCUCUGAGAGUCCACGUCAUCAUCGUGUGAUCAUUUGUAGCAGAUACAAGUUCAACUACUCCACGGAUCAAGAUAAGCAUCUUGUUUCUCUCUUCUUCCAUGGAGGUGGCUACUUCGAGACUAGUCCAUCUUAUUGGAAGAGCUUUGAACAACGACUUAAGAUACUCGACUUGGAAGAUUUUGGGUUGAAGUUUUUACCGGAAAGUAUCGGCACAUUGAUGGAAUUAAGAUACUUGGGGUUGAGAAAUAAUUACAUAAAAGAGCUUCCACAGUCGUUAGGGUGCUUGAAAAGGCUUGAGGUUCUUGACAUAGCUCAAAACUUUAUGGUGGAGGUGCCGGAUAUUAUAUGGGAAAUGGAUAGCCUUAGCCACCUCUACAUGUCUGAUGUGAUUUGCCGGAAGCCUUUGAAGAUAGACGCGCUACAGUUUCUGGAGACGUUAACCUACUUCUCGGUUGAUGAUUGGACAUAUGAGCUCUCGGGCUUAAAAGAGUUGAAGUUUCUUAAGAAAUUGGGCAUAGAAGGAUUGGAUGGAAACUCAGAUGUAAGCAAGCUCUUUGUGUCAUUGGCAGACUUGAUAAAGCUUAAACACCUAAUCUUAAGAGGGUAUCGUUUCAGAAGCAUGCCUUGUUUGGAUGAGCUUGCUAUUCUACACACUCUCAAAACACUCAAAUUGGAUGGACUCCUUGCCAGGCUUCCAACAAGUUUCCCUCGAUCACUUGAAUCAUUGACUUUGGUUAAUAGCUGUCUUGAUGAAGACCCCAUGCCACUACUAGGGAAGUUAUCUGGUCUACAAUACCUCAAAUUGUGAAAUGCAUACACUGGUCAACAAAUGGUGAUCUUGCACGAUGACUUCUUUCUUCUCAGAGUCCUGUGCCUCGAAGAGUUAUGGAAUCUGAGAAACGUACAAUGUGGAGGAGAUGUAAUGUAUGAGCUCAGGAAAUUAGAAAUUCAUGAUUGUCCAUAUCUGGAUACCCUCCCGGAAGAGAUUGUGACGAUGGAUACGUUCAAAGAGUUAAAGAUGGUGACAAACAAAAGCAUUGCAGCAAAGAUAAGGAAUUCAGACUUCAUCUCCGAAAUAGAUAUGGUGAAUAUCAAUCCAUGAGCUAAAGCAGUUGGCGUUAAUUUGGAUAAUUGAUUUUUCUUCUCCUUUGGUGGUUGUGUUUGUAAAUGACAUUUAGUUGCUUUGACAAUUGUGGUUUCUUCAUAUAUAUCUUGUUUCUACUCUA